AAAUAAUGUUGAUAUUUGGAACCCAUGUCGAACUUCUUUGAAGAAAGGGCAACAAUGAUUGCAGCCAGGGAUUUGCAGGAAUUUGUUCCUUUUGGUCGAGACCAUUGCAAGCACCAUCCUAAUGCUCUGAACCUUCAGCUUCGCCAGCUGCAGCCUGCCUCUGAGUUAUGGUCCUCUGAUGGUGCUGCUGGCUUGGUGGGAUCCCUUCAGGAGGUCACGAUCCAUGAGAAACAGAAGGAAAGCUGGCAGUUAAGAGAAGGUGUAAGUGAGAUUGGAGAAGUGGACCAUGAUGAGGAACUCUAUAUGGCUGGAAAUACAGUGAUCUGGAGCAAAGGAAGUAAAAGCCAGGCUUCGACUGUUUAUAAAGCGUUUACAGUUGACAGUCCUGUUCAACAGGCAUUGUGGUGUGACUUCAUUUUAUCACAGGAUAAGUCUGAAAAGGCCUACAGUAGUAAUGAAGUGGAAAAAUGCAUAUGCAUAUUGCAAAGUUCGUGCAUUAGCAUGCAUAGCAUUGAAGGAAAGGAUUACAUAGCUUCCUUACCUUUUCAGGUUGCCAAUGUCUGGCCCACUAAAUAUGGACUCUUGUUUGAGCGAAGUACUUCUUCACAUGAAGUACCUCCAAUUCCAUCCAGGAAACCUUUACCAACACUGUUCAGCAUGCUGUAUCCACUAGAUGAAAUAACACCACUUAUUUGCAAAUCUGGAAGUCUUUUUGGUUCAUCACGUGUGCAGUAUGUUGUGGAUCAUGCGAUGAAAAUUGUUUUCCUCAGUACUGACCCCUCCAUUGUAAUGACCUAUGACACUGUUCAAGGUCUGCAUUCUGUGUGGGAUCUCCGAAGAGUCAAAUCAGAGGAAGAGAGUGUUGUUUUCAAGUUCUCUGAGCAAGGGGCAACCUCUCAGAAUGUAGCUGCUGGCAGCUCGCUCACAGCUCACCUCAGAAGCCUCUCCAAAGGAGAUUCUCCAGUGACGUCACCUUUUCAGAAUUACUCCUCCAUUCACAGCCAGAGCCGCUCAGCCUCUUCACCCAGUCUGCACUCCCGUUCACCUUCCAUUUCCAACAUGGCAGCUCUAAGCCGGGCGCAUUCCCCUGCAUUAGGGGUGCACUCUUUCUCAGGAGUGCAGAGGUUCAGCCUUUCAAGUCACAAUCCAUCUCCAAAAAGACACAGCAUCUCUCAUUCUCCAAGUAGUACUUCUAAUGACUCCUUUCUUGCACCAGAAACAGAACCAAUUGUUCCUGAACUUUGUAUUGAUCAUUUGUGGACAGAGACGAGUACUAAUACAAGAGAGAAAAAUUCACAGGCUUCGAAAGUAUUUAUUACAUCUGACCUUUGUGGACAAAAGUUCUUGUGCUUUUUAGUAGAGUCCCAGCUACAAUUACGCUGUGUGAAGUUUCAAGAGAGUAAUGAUAAAGCCCAGCUCAUCUUUGGCUCUGUUACCAAUGUACAUGCAAAGGAUGCCGCACCAGUGCAGAAAGUAGAUACCAUGCUGGUCCUGGAAGGCAGUGGAAACCUGGUGCUCUACACAGGAGUAGUGCGGGUGGGAAAAAUUUUUAUUCCUGGACUGCCAACUCCUUCCUUGACACUGUCCAACCCGAUGCCUCGGCCCAGUACUCCACUGGACAGCAUUAGUACACCCAGGCCUCUUGUAUCCUUGGAUGAGGUUAUUCUGCCAUCUCCAGUUCCAGAACUAAGGGAUUCUUCAAAACUUCAUGAUUCUCUCUAUAAUGAAGAUUGUACUUUCCAACAGCUGGGAACUUAUAUCCAUUCUAUAAGAGAUCCUGUCCGUAACAGAGUAACUUUAGAACUGAAUAAUGGAUCCAUGGUAAGGAUCACUGUUCCUGAAAUUGCCACCUCUGAAUUAGUACAAACAUGUUUGCAAGCAAUUAAGCUUAUCCUGCCUAAGGAAAUAGCAGUUCAGAUGCUUGUCAAGUGGUACAAUGUCCACAGUGCCCCUGGAGGACCCAGUUAUCACUCAGAGUGGAAUUUAUUUGUGACUUGUCUCAUGAACAUGAUGGGUUAUAACACAAACCGCUUAGCAUGGACCCGAAAUUUUGACUUUGAAGGAUCACUUUCUCCAGUUAUAGCACCCAAGAAAGCAAGACCUUCUGAGACUGGAUCUGAUGAUGACUGGGAAUAUUUACUGAAUUCAGACUACCAUCUUAAUGUUGAGUCUCAUCUUCUGACUAGAUCUUUAUGUUUGAGUUCUUUGGAAAUUUCACAGACAAAAGAUGAGGAAUUUUCACAGAACCUAAGUCUGGAUUCUUCUACACUUCUCUUCACACAUAUCCCUGCAAUUUUUUUUGUUCUUCAUCUUGUCUAUGAAGAACUUAAGCUGAAUACUCUGAUGGGAGAAGGAAUUCGUUCACUUGUUGACCUUCUUAUUCAGCUGGCAAGGGAUUUAAAAUUGGGGCCUUAUGUGGAUCAUUACUUUAGAGACUUCCCAACCCUUGUCAGAACCAGUGUUCAGGUGUGCGCAGUGGUACAAGAUCAAACCGGAUUAAUGCACCAGCCCUCAUUUUUCACUUCUGAGCCACCAAGUAUUUAUGAGUGGGUGAGUUCUUGUCUGAAGGAGGAAGGAUCACCACCCUAUCCAUAUCUUCCUGGAGUCUGUGAAAGAAGCAGACUUGUAGUCUUGAGUAUGGCACUCUAUGUUCUUGGAGAUGAGAACUCUGUUUCUGAUGAAGCACCUCAGUAUUUAUCCAGAAUAACUGUAGCUUCCCAGAAGUUGCAACCAGAACAAGAGGAGAACAGGUUUAAUUUCAAGCAUUCUGCAUCUGUUUCUAGCCUAGCUGAGAAAUUAGUAGUCUGGAUGACUGAUAUAGGCUUCACUUUAAGAGAUUUAGAAACUCUUCCAUUUGGAAUUGCACUUCCCAUCAGAGAUGCAAUAUAUCACUGCCGGGAGCAGCCUGCUUCAGACUGGCCAGAAGCUGUCUGCCUCUUGAUUGGGCGUCAGGAUCUCUCUAAACAGGCUUGUGAAGGAAACUUACCCAAAGGGAAGUCUGUGCUUUCAUCAGAUGUUCCUUCAGGAACAGAAACUGAGGAGGAGGAUGAUGGCAUGAAUGACAUGAACCAGGAGGUUAUGUCCUUAAUCUGGAGUGAAGAUUUAAGAGUUCAAGAUGUGCGAAGACUUCUUCAAAGUGCGCAUCCUGUCCGUGUCAACGUAGUUCAGUACCCAGAACUCAAUGACCACGAGUUCAUUGAAGAAAAGGAAAACAGAUUGCUCCAGUUGUGUCAGCGAACUAUGGCCCUCCCAGUAGGAAGAGGGAUGUUUACCUUAUUUUCAUAUCAUCCAGUUCCAACAGAACCAUUACCAAUUCCUAAAUUGAAUCUUACUGGGCGGGCCCCUCCUCGGAACACAACAGUGGAUCUUAACAGUGGAAACAUCGAUGUGCCUCCCAAUAUGACAAGCUGGGCCAGCUUCCAUAAUGGUGUGGCUGCUGGCCUGAAGAUUGCACCUGCCUCCCAAAUUGACUCUGCCUGGAUUGUUUACAAUAAGCCUAAGCAUGCUGAGUUAGCCAAUGAGUAUGCUGGCUUCCUCAUGGCCCUGGGUCUGAGUGGGCACCUCACCAAGCUGGCCACUCUUAACAUUCAUGAUUACUUGACCAAGGGCCAUGAAAUGACAAGCAUCGGGCUGCUGCUUGGUGUUUCUGCUGCUAAACUAGGCACCAUGGACAUGUCCAGUACUCGACUUCUUAGUAUCCACAUUCCUGCCCUCCUACCCCCGACUUCCACAGAACUUGAUGUCCCCCACAAUGUCCAGGUGGCUGCUGUGGUUGGCAUUGGCCUUGUGUAUCAAGGGACAGCUCACAGGCAUACUGCAGAGGUUCUAUUGGCGGAAAUAGGCCGACCACCAGGCCCUGAAAUGGAAUACUGCACCGACAGAGAAUCAUACUCUCUGGCUGCUGGCUUGGCUCUGGGCAUGGUUUGUUUAGGGCAUGGCAGUAAUUUGAUAGGUAUGUCUGAUCUCAACGUGCCAGAGCAGCUGUAUCAGUACAUGGUUGGAGGUCAUAGGCGAUUUCAAGUCGGAAUGCACAGGGAGAAACAUAAAUCUCCAAGUUAUCAAAUCAAAGAAGGAGACACCAUCAAUGUGGACGUGACUUGUCCUGGGGCCACUCUUGCUUUGGCUAUGAUCUACUUAAAAACCAACAACAGAUCCAUUGCAGAUUGGCUCCGAGCUCCUGACACCAUGUAUUUGCUGGACUUUGUGAAACCAGAAUUUCUCUUGCUCAGGACCCUUGCUCGAUGCCUGAUUCUGUGGGAUGAUAUAUUACCAAAUUCCAAGUGGGUUGAUAGCAACGUUCCUCAAAUUAUCAGAGAAAACAGUAUCUCUCUCAGUGAAAUUGAAUUACCUUGCUCUGAGGAUUUGAACUUGGAGACUUUGUCGCAAGCACAUGUCUACAUAAUCGCAGGGGCCUGCCUAUCUCUGGGUUUUCGAUUUGCUGGAUCAGAAAACCUAUCCGCAUUUAACUGUUUGCAUAAAUUUGCAAAAGAUUUUAUGACUUAUUUAUCUGCACCUAAUGCUUCUAUAACAGGCCCUUACAACCUGGAAACCUGCCUGAGUGUGGUAUUGCUGUCUCUUGCCAUGGUCAUGGCUGGCUCAGGGAACCUCAAGGUGCUGCAGCUUUGCCGCUUCUUGCACAUGAAAACAGGAGGAGAAAUGAACUAUGGUUUCCACUUAGCUCACCACAUGGCCCUCGGGCUUCUCUUUUUGGGAGGAGGAAGGUACUCCCUGAGCACAUCUAACUCUUCCAUCGCAGCUCUUCUCUGUGCCAUUUACCCACACUUCCCGGCUCACAGCACCGACAACCGAUAUCACCUCCAGGCUCUCCGGCACCUGUACGUCCUGGCUGCAGAACCACGGCUGCUGGUACCUGUGGAUGUGGAUACAAACAUGCCCUGCUAUACCCUCUUAGAAGUUACCUACAAGGGCACCCAGUGGUAUGAACAAACCAAAGAAGAAUUGAUGGCUCCUACCCUUCUUCCUGAACUUCACCUUUUAAAGCAAAUUAAAGUUCAAGGGCCGAGAUACUGGGAGCUACUUAUAGACUUAAGCAAGGGAACACAGCAUUUGAAAUCAAUCCUUUCCAAGGAUGGAGUUUUAUAUGUAAAGCUCAGGGCUGGUCAGCUUUCCUACAAGGAAGACCCAAUGGGGUGGCAAAGUUUGUUGGCCCAGACUGUGGCUAAUAGGAACUCUGAAGCUCGGGCGUUCAAGCCAGAAACUGUUUCAGCAUUCACUUCUGACCCAGCCCUUCUCUCAUUUGCUGACUAUUUCUGCAAACCAACUAUAAACAUGGGUCUGAAACAGGAAAUUCUGGAUCUCUUUUCUUCAGUGCUGUAUGAAUGUGUUACUCAGGAGACCCCAGAGAUGCUACCUGCCUAUAUUGCAAUGGAUCAGGCUAUAAGAAGACUAGAAAGAAGGGAAAUGUCUGAGACAUCUGAACUUUGGCAGAUAAAGUUAGUGCUAGAGUUUUUCAGCUCCAGAAGUCAUCAAGAACGACUACAGAGUCAUCCCAAGCGAGGGCUCUUCAUGAACUCUGAAUUCCUUCCUGUUGUGAAGUGCACCAUUGAUAAUACUCUGGACAAGUGGCUGCAAGCUGGAGGUGAUGCGUGUGUACAGUCUUACCUCAGCGGGCAGCCCUUUGAAGACUCUCAGCUGAGCAUGCUGGCCUGCUUCCUUGUCUACCACUCAGUGCCUGCUCCACGCCACCUCUCGUGUAUUGGACUUGAAGGGAGCUCAAGCUUUGCUGAACUGCUUUUCAAAUUCAAACAGCUGAAAAUGCCAGUGCGAGCUUUGUUGCGAUUGGCUCCUCUGUUCCUUGGAAACCCACAGCCGAUGGUUAUGUAACCCUGUG